GCUCGGGGUGGAGCGCCAUUCUGCGGGACCGCCCGCCGCCGCGCUUCGAGGACACCGGCGGUCCAACUCGAAAGAUGCCCCCCAGUGCCAGUGCCAUGGACUUCUUCCAGCUCUUUGUCCCCGACAAUGUCCUCAAGAACAUGGUGGUGCAGACCAAUAUGUAUGCCAAGAAGUUCCAGGAGCGCUUUGGCAGUGAUGGUGCCUGGGCAGAGGUGACACUGGCCGAGAUGAAGGCCUUCCUGGGCUACGUGAUCUCCACUAGCGUGUCCCACUGUGAGUCGGUCCUCAGCAUCUGGAGCGGCGGCUUCUACAGCAACCGCAGCCUGGCAUUGGUCAUGAGCCAGGCUCGCUUUGAGAAGAUCCUCAAGUACUUCCACGUGGUGGCCUUCCGCUCCAGCCAGUCCUCACACGGGCUCUACAAGGUGCAGCCCUUCCUGGAUGCUCUACAGGGAAGCUUCCAUGCCGCCUUCCGGCCUUCCCAGACCCAGGUGCUACAUGAACCCCUGAUCGAUGAGGACCCCGUGUUCAUUGCCACAUGCACAGAACGUGAACUGCGGAAGAGGAAAAAGCGGAAAUUCAGCCUGUGGGUCCGGCAGUGCUCCUCCACUGGCUUCAUAGUCCAGAUUUAUGUCCACUUGAAGGAAGGUGGGGGCCCUGAUGGGCUGGAUGCACUAAAGAGCAAGCCCCAGCUCCACAGCAUGGUGGCCAGAAGCCUGUGCCGAGAUGCGGCUGGCAAGAACUACAUCAUCUUCACAGGGCCCAGCAUCACCAGCCUGACACUGUUUGAAGAAUUUGAGAAGCAAGGGAUCUACUGCUGUGGUCUGCUCAGCCCCCGAAAAAGUGACUGUACAGGCCUCCCACCGUCCAUGCUGGCCAGCCCAGCCACACCCCCUGCCCGUGGCCAACACCAGAUCAAGACGAAGGGGAAUAUGUCCCUGAUCUGCUGGUACAACAAGGGCCACUUCCGCUUCCUGACCAAUGCCUAUUCUCCGGUGCAGCAAGGUGUCAUCAUUAAGAGGAGAAGCGGAGAGAUCCCCUGUCCCCUGGCCGUAGAGGCCUUUGCUGCCCACCUCAGCUACAUCUGCAGAUACGAUGACAAGUACAGCAAGUACUUCAUCUCUCACAAACCCAACAAGACCUGGCAGCAGGUGUUCUGGUUUGCCAUCAGCAUCGCUGUCAAUAACGCCUACAUCCUCUACAAGAUGUCGGAUGCCUACCAUGUGAGCAGGUACAGCCGGGCGCAGUUCGGGGAGAGACUCGUCAGGGAGCUGCUGGGCCUAGAGGAUGUGUCCCCAGCCCCCUGAGGCCAGGCCGGCCCAGGUGUGGCAGGAGGAGGAGGAGGGAGCCCACCGUCACUGUCGCCUGCCACCAGAGACCCCGUGUGAGGAGCGUGUCCUUCGCAAGUGCCCUGUCCGUCUUCAGACACCCACAAAGCCUGUGGAGCAGUGUGCAGGUGACCCGAAGGAAGGCUAUGGCCUCAGAAGGCAUCAGCGACAGGACAAGCCUGGCAUGCUGAGAUCACCUGCCUGGCAGGGGCUGACACAUCCAAGGUCACUCGGGAGUGCACAGAGCUGGGGACACACAGGAACGGUGCAGGCGUGUGGGGGAGGAGGGAGUUUUUCAGCACUUGCCUCCUGCCAGCAGCUUAGCAGUAUCUCGGAAGAAACACAACCGGUGCCAUUAAAACACAGAGAUGGGAUGGCAAGCGUCCACUCCUGUCCUCUGUGAGGGUGGCGGGGGUGGUGGUAAGAGCUGGGAUUGCAGCAAAGGCUGAUGGUGUUUUUUUAUUUUUAAAUAUAUCUUCAGGUUAUUUUCUUACUGUCGCUUAAGGUCUACUGUAACGGGGAGGUGACCCCUUUCCUGCCUGCACCCCUCACUGUCCCUUGCAUGACCACAGUUGGUGUCUGUGCCUGUGGCAGAAAAUACGGGCUGCUGGCUCCCAGGACACCAGGUUGCAGGCCAUGAUCUUCAUCACAGAUGUCAUUGUUGGCAGAGUUGCUUGUUUUGAAAACUAUGUAGCAUUGCUGAAACAUACGGCUCUCUCUGGAGGACCCUCUGCUAAUAGUCCCGUCCAUGCAGUGACCCCCGCAGCAUCUGCUGCUCUGAGAGUGCAGCUGGCCUUGGAGAGCCCCAGCUUGGGGCUGUGGUCCUUCCUGGGUUGGGUGUGAUUUGACCCCAGGGUGGGUGAGGGGAUCUCCCAAGACCUGAGCUCUUCCCAGCACCCCUGCAGGUGGCUGAGGGGCCUGACUAUCUCACUGCAAGAGCAAGGGGCUUCUUGAGUGAUCUGAUCCCCUCUGACCCUGUUUACGUAACCACCUCGUUUCUACAACGCAGAAUCUCUUCUACUCAGGCUUGGGACGUUCCUCCUCGUCCACGCGCGGCUCCCCGGGGGCUGCUGGCAGCAUGCUCCCAGCCCACAUCACUCCCCACCCUGGUCAUGGUGACUGCCCCAACCCUGUGGUUUGAACUCGAUGCCACGGAUCGUAGGCCAAAUUUUAGAUUGUGUUUCAGAACACCCUUGCCGUGCCCUUUAAUUGGAUUGAAAGCACUUUUACCACAUGGAGAAAUAUAUUUUUAAUUUGUGAUGCUUUUCUACAAGGUCCACUAUUUCUGAGUUCAUGUGUUUCCAAUACUUAGGGAGACUAAAGCUGAAAAUUUUUCUGUUCUGUCCAAAUAAGUAAAAUAAAAAUAAAAGUCUAUUUAGAUGUCGAUUCUUUGUUAGUAUAUAGAUUUAUUUGAAAGGCCAGGGACAAAAACAAGCUGCGGUUCUGGACAGUCUGGUGGGUGAGCCUAUGUUCUGGGUACUGUGGACCCCUGGGCAGGGUAUGAGAUGAGUCCAGCUAAGUGGUGACUCAGAGCAACACAGUUAGUAAUGGUGGUCAUUUUGGCUACAGCCUCAUACUUAGUCCCAGUUAUCUGAGAUCAGCUGCAAUCCAAAAUUAAUGCAUAGAAAAUUCCAGAAAUAAAUCCUAAGUUUUAAACAGCUUUUAUUAUAGUAUAGUUACAAUCAUCCUGUUUCGUUAUUUACCCUUUACUGUGUCUAAUUCCUAAGUUACACUUUAUCCGAGAUAUGUACAUACAGGGCUGGUACCACCCUGUCAGGUGCCCGUGGGGGUAGGCAAGCAUGCCCCUGCAUGAGGGGACAGUAGGCAUUUAGGUACCCAUCAGCUGAGGAACCUCCAGGCCUGCCUUACCCCACACUGUCAGCUGUCCUCCGUGUGUUGUGUGUCUUCAAGUUGGCAGGAGGGGCAUUGCACUCCCGGGCAGCUGGGGAUGAGUCACAGAGAGUAGUGCCACCUCCGGCUCUGUGGCCCUAUUCCCUGUUGAUGAGGGGAAGCUGAGAGGACUCCUAUCAUCGUGAGGUGUGUGCAGGGGAAAAGUUUCUUUUUCCUUCUAGGACAAAAUGGUGUGUGAUACUGACUUGGACAACCCUCGGGACCUAACUUAGGACCUGCUAUCAAGCCGCCCCAGUAUCUCCUGGCCCUGAGGUGGACACUGGCCAUCUCUGGUGACCAGGAAAGGUCUUGGUGAGUCAGCUUUCUGUUGCUGGGACAGAACACCUGACACAAUCAACUGAAGAGAAAGAAAAGUUUAUCACAGCUCAUGGUCUCAAGUUCUGACCCCUGGUUGCUUGACCCUUUGCUUUGGGCUGUGGUGAGGCAGAACAUUCGUGGUGGCUGGAAAGCAGAAGAGGGUGGGCAUGUCCCCGUGUCCCCUGUAAGGGGACAUACUCAGUAACCCAACUCCUCACGGGGACCCACUGCCUGCCUGUUGUGCUGUGAACUGGGCAGCAAGUCUUUAGCAAAGGGGCUUUGGGAGACCUUUGGGACCAAGACCAUAUAGCUGUAUAAGUGACUCUGUGAGACAAGCCAGCACCUCUGUACCCUGUGGCCAGUGACUCCUCUCUGCGUGGGCCCAUCACUGUGCCAGACUCAUUCUGCUAUGAGGUCUAGAAAAGAAAGAACUGUGAGAUUCCUGGCCCUCACGCCAGACAAAAACGAAAGCUUCUAGGCUCCUCCAGGGAAACUGCAGUGGUGUGUGGGAUUCGGGGGGAUUUAGGUGAAUUCCAGUUGACACGUUUUCCUUACCGGUUCCACGCUCCCCACACACUUGCUCCUCACAGAGCCUCUUUUGAACAGCAUCUUCUAGUGGUCCGUGACCCAUCUUUCAAAACCCAGGUGAGUUGUGGGAAAGUCUGAGUGAAUCAGGUAAGGCCUGGCCACCAAAGUUGUAUUAACUUUAGAGUGUGCAGGAGGCAGAAUACUGAGGCCGUAGGACAGGGCCUAACGCAGGACCCUGUGUGUCGGGCUCACCCCCACUUACAUGUCAAGUCCACUGGUCAGAGCAGUGUCCGAAAGGCUGAUGGUCAGGGUGCGCUGUGUAGCUCAGAGGGCCUCAGCGGGCCGUGCUCUCUUCCUGUGAGCAGGGGGAGGCCUGUGGCACCCAGUUUGCCUGCAUGAGCCUGCGUCCACCCACGGCAGUCACUUUUUUGCACAGUGUACCUCAGUGCCUGCAUAAUGCACCUUUCCACAGCCUCAUAGGAAGGAACCAAACUAUAGUCAGUCAUUGAGAGUUCCAGGUCCUUUGGGUGCUUUUCUAGUUCUCCACAGGAGGGUGUGUCUUUCUGGCUCAGAUAAAUUUAGGACAGGGGUGAGCCCCCAGCUGCACCUUGUGGCACUAAGGAGUCCAGCAGUGACCGGAGGUCCGGGCCAAGCAACCCUCUGCUCAGUGCCACACAGCCUCUGGGUGCCUCAACCCGUGCACCAGCUCCAGGUUGGAACUCUACCCCCUGUGUGGGCUCCUCCCAUCUCAGCUUAGCAAGCUGGGCCUGGUGUGGUUAGAGAACCAAAGAAGCCUGGUAAAGUUACCUGGAAAGUACCCCGCUGCCCGCUGUGGAAAGACCUCUGCCCAGAGAUGCCACUGCUGUUACUGAGGUGGGAAGAAGCUAAGGACAAGGCUGGAGAAAGGAGGAGGACCAGCCACCCUGGAGCCCAUUUUCUGGGACUAGAUCCACCUUCUGAGUUAGACACUAGCGCAGGACCAUGAUGCCCAGCUCUAAAUACAAGAAAGUAAGCAGGUGACUUACUUUAUAAUAGUAAGUCCCUUGCUCAUACCUAGUGGUCUCCUGCGAGUGACACUUGGCAAACCCAGUCUUAAUUACCAUGUCACUGACUCACUGUAAACAGGAGACUGCUCCAAAGUGUUUGGCUGUACAAUCUCAUCUUCACUGGCUACUUCCCAACAGGUAAAACUUUACUUUUUUUUUUAAUCUAUAGGUAUUUGGAAAUUUGCUCAUUGUAUAUGGAUUUGGAGAUGAAAAUAGAAAUGGAGGGAGCCUCACCUGCUGUGAGCAAUAUUUGGAGUGAGUGGGGCAAGGGGUGUCUUGUAGCCCCCGCCCAGAGGCCUUUCCUGGGGGUGGUCUGUCCUGCCCUGUCCAUCCUUCUGUGUCUCACUUUCCACUUCUGAAUAUAUACAGAAUGGUCAACAUUUAGUAAUUAGGCAGUGAGACUUCAGCUCUCUAAUCACUUUUCCCCCUAGAUUUGCUCUAUUUUAUUUUGUUUUGUAUUUUGAGACAAGGUCUUGCUGUUUAGUUUACCCUGGUCUUCGACUCACAAGGAUCUGCCUGCCUCAGCCUCCUGAGUGCUGGGAUCAUGGGCAUGCACCACCACACCCAGCUACACUGGCUCUCUUUAGAAACCUCAUCUCCAUUGCCCUUGAGGGCUUGCAGUCGGGUGAGGAGGGACAUGGCAUGAGUAGGGCAGGGGGUGUCCUGUCUCACUGGGUGGGAGGUGUACCCAGAACCACCACAGGCACUGUAAAGUGUGAGCCCCAGCUCUGGGUCACAGGAUUGUGGUGGAGGGUGUUUUCGUCACUCAACCCCUCUCAACAUAGUUGCUUUUGAGUUCCUCACCCACAGCACAGCAUCCACUUGCUGCGGUCCAGGUGCUGUGGGUCCCAGCAGUCUGGCCUCCUGUGCAGGCCUGGUUCAUCCUGUGACAAGAUAGGGGCCAGUUAAGGGGUCCAGGAAGGCAAGAAUAGGGCCCUCACAGAAACCACAUGAAGGGGUGCUGAUGGAAAGACUGAGGUGACAAAGUGGGUGAGGUCUGACCCAAGGGGACUGGCUACUUGCCUCUGUCUUUCCUGGUCUCUUGGAUGCAGGCAGGUCUGAGGGGCUUCCAGGCCAAACCUGAGGGGAGCAGUAUCCAGCAUCAAGGGCUGGGGCGAGGUGGCCACGACUGCAGGCUAUGCACUUGGGCGACGCACUGGGUUGGGCCUGACCCUAGGAAGGAGACUGCCAAGCGCUAGAUGGCCUCUGGGUCCAUAAAAGACCCAUCCGGCCCCUCCUCUGAGGUGAGGGAGCUCCAUUCUCUAGAGGAGCGGCCAUUGGUGAUGAUGAGGAAACAGUGGUCAGUGACUCCAGAAGGAGAUUUCCAUUUUCACCAAUACUUCAUUAUCUUUUCCUCAGUUUCCUCCCAGUUUUUAGUUAAGCAACUGGAGGGUGGGUAAUCCCAUCAGGAAACUGCACAGGUAGCCAGCCCUCGGGUGAUGCCAUCCCCUUCUGUAAUGGUGGGUUUUACACUAAGUUUUUACAAGUUUGUAUGCCAUAAGUUAAAUUCUGGGUUCUACACUGAAGUGUGCCCUCCCCCCAUAUACAAAUUACAAUUUAAUUCAGGUACCUUGUGGUUAUUUCUUCCAUAAAGCUAUUGAAAUGGAGGCAGAUAUAUCAUCCUGGCCUGCAGUGUUCCUCCGUGGGACGGGAAGGCAUGAGAAAGCCUACUCACCAGAGCACCAGGGCCUGCAGCCCAGGAGCAAUGGUGGAGGUCACGGAAGCCACCCAGGGCCCUGGGGCCAGACAUAGGCUGGUGCUGGAGGUGUCAGCCCUGCCUCUGGUCCCUGCCCUGCUGGCUCCCUCUGCUCUGAGGCUUUUUCUGCUGCCUGAUGCUCCCUUGACUGCUGCCCACAGCUGCCCUGCACCACCCUCCUACUUCCCAGAUUCUGGAGCCGGGAUGAUAUGGUGUCAGAAGCCAGAGAAGCCCCAGCUGCUUGGCUGUCCCCUGUUUUGUAUACUUCUUUACAGGAAAACAAAAAGAUUUUGAGAAGCAUUUCAAAAGCCUUUCAAGUUAAUAGGAUAUAAACUAUUUUUCAUAACACAUGAUGUCGAUGCUUUAAGUUUUUCUAUAAGCCUAAGGUAAUUUUCAAAUACACCAUAAAUUCUCGGUGAUUACAAACUUUCGCUCUCCAGAUCUUUCAGGAAGUACAGAGUUUACUUUUAAAUUUAUCCCGGAUAUAAUGCUUUUUAAUAAAGCGAGUUUCUCUCGAUCCCACCUUCUAUGUCUCUGCCUCUGGCUACUCUCUGCAGAGGUCUACACGCCACCCCCUUGCCCCAGUGCCUUGGUGGCCCAGGAACAUCAGGGUCCCUUGGCCCUCCCUAGGGUGCAGCACUGGUCUGGUCCUCACCUGCCCCUCUGUGGAUACCAUAGCAGCUGUCACCUGACUUCAGGUCCUCAAGCCUCAGGAACUGUCCCCUCCACAGCAGCAGGGUGGGAAUGGGCUUUUGUAUGAAAGACUUCCUGAAGGCAGAGAGAGGACAGACUCUGACAAGGAGCAGAUAAGAGACAAUCUAUAAACAGCAUGACUGGUCUAGUUUAUGGACACUGUAUUUACUGAAUUCUGAUCCUACCUCCCAGCAGUGUGGGCUUCUGGGUGCUGUAUUAGUCCGCCCUUGGUCACUAGAAUAACAUCCCUGAGGCUAAGCACCUUUAUAAAGAAAAGAGGUUCUGGCUCCUAGUACUGGAGGUCCGAGGUCAGGGCCUCAUCUGGCAACAGUCUUGCUGGCUGUGCCCUGAGGCAGUUCAGGGUGUCACAGAGAAAGAGACAGCAUGCGUAUCUGUGUGUGUGCCUUCUAGUUGCUCUCAUCACUGGGACUCCACCCAACCCCAACCACCUCCCCAAGGCUCCGGCUCUAAACACUAUACUGUAUUAAAUUUUUCUUCUCAAUGUCUCACAAUGGGGAUUCAUCUUUAGCAAACAAGUCCGUGGAGGAUACAGGUACCCAGGCCACAGCAGGGGCCCCCAGGGAUCCUCAAAAUCAAGCUGUGUUCUUGUCUGAAGAGGACAGCACAGGGCAAGCAGAUCAAAGUCAUUUAAAAAGCCUUUCCUCAACUAGGAUACAUCAUGAACAGGUACAGAUUCCCAAUGAUGAAUGUGAUCACAGUGUACACCUAACAUGCACCAAUAAACAAUUUGAAAAAAAAGCCAUUUCUGAGCUUUUCUGAGGGGAUACUAAGCCCCAAGGUGGUGGGUAAGCAAGGACUGCUGAGCCAUGGAGAGACAAACUUUCUUUUUGGCCAGGGCAGUAAUAGUAAGAAUCACACUUGGGUACCGACCAGACCACAUCCUGCUGGGGGCAGAGGAGGCAGAGUAUCUUACAGGAAUCAGGGAAUUCUGCUUGGACCUCAGACCGUGUGGGUGCGAAUCUGAAAACAUGUAGGAUUGUUUCCUCCUUUGGGAGGAAGCGGAGUCUGCCCAGAAACUCCAGGGCGAGAGGACCUAUCUGCACCCCCACCAAGGCUGCUGCUUAGA